AUCCCUGGACCCACGGGAGCGAUAACGUCCUUCACCACCCGGGUCGAGCGAGAGAGGGAGAAGAGGGAGGGGUUGCUGAAGUCUGAGGAGGAAAGGAAGAAGAUGGAGGAUUUCAAUAAGUAGUGGAGAGCGCAGUCCCUGCUUACAAAACAGACUCAACAGACGAUUAAAGAGGAGAGGGAGAGGAUGAAGGAACAGUUCAUGAAAGAACAGGAGGAGAAA